CCAAUGCGGCACACCCAAGGCGGCUAAAGGAGCUCCUUAUAAAGCAGACGGUCAUGAUGUACCCCCGGCGGUAGAGCAGUCCAUCUAGGGUUGAUGCGCGAAUAUGGACGACGUCAAGGACAAGGCCAAGGGGCUGAUGAAGAAGCUCAAGAAUCCUUUCAGCUCCUCUAGCAGAUUUAAGGGAGAGGGACACAGGUUGGGCGAGCCGCAGCCAGAGCCGUCGCCCCGCAUAGCAGCCAAGAGUAGCGAUCAGCGGCAGCAGCAGGACGAAUGGAGGAGAAAUCAGCAGCAAAGGUGGGAAGCGGAGCAGCUCAAGGCCGACAAAUCCAAGUCGAGAAGCCCCAAGCCGACGACGCCGUCAUUGACUCCAAGGCAAUCGGCAUCGGCGGAGGUGAGCGUAGAGCCCCAACGGUCCCGUCUACUCCCCGAUCCAAGCGUAAACGAUGGUGGUGGUGGUCUCUUCAGUAAAAGCAGCAACAAUCCGAAUGUCUCUCAGGAAAUGACCCACGACGACACAGAGAAGAUGGAGGUAGCCGUGGCGACAUUUCUCUCUGGCGGCGCCUCCAACGGAGCUGUCCAAGUUGUCGUCCGGCUUCUCACAAACAUCAUUAGAGAUCCGGCGUCGGACAAGUUCAGGAAAGUUCGCAUGGGAAAUCCCAAGAUCCAGGAGAGUAUUGGCUCGGCCGUUGGUGGUGCCGAGUUUCUCGAGUUUCUGGGCUUCGAGGCCGUCAUGGAACAAGGUGAGCUGUGGAACGUAAUGGAAGAGCCGUCAGCUGAGCGCUUGCGAGUGAUCAAGGAAGUUGUAGCGGCGCUCGAGGCACAGCUUGCACAGCCUUCACAGCCACAGCUUGCGGCGAGGACAACCGAAGAGGCGAGUUCGUUUGACAGACAGGUGCGAGUGUUUUAUGUUUCGGCAGAAGGUACUGCGUCGCGUGCAGAGCUUUCGGCCGACUUCUACGAGCUGUCGCUGGACGAGGUGAAGAAGCAAGCGGCGAUCAAACGAAAGAAACUGGAAGAUUCUCAGCUGCUCAUUCCGAAGUCUCUGAGGGAGAAGCAAGUACUUGCAGCACGUCAGAAGUACAAGGUGUCGGUGAUUCGCAUACUCUUCCCCGACAAUGUGGUGCUGCAGGGCCUGUUUCUUCCCAAGGAGCCAACGUCCGCAAUCCACGAGUUCGUCAAGGCCUCCCUCAAGAACCAAGUUGAGUUCAAGCUUGUGGAUCCAGUUGCUGUGGCAAAGCCGAUUGCCUUCGAUUCUGACUUCAGUCUAGACCAAGCGGAUCUGGUACCGACAGCCAUGUUGAGAUUCCAAACUGAUGCGGCAGAUUUCUCUGGGCUUCGGUCCGACUAUCUCGCGAGAAUGGAGCCAUUGACGCCAACACCGUUCUGAGAAGCGCAUAAACCAAUCAUUCAUGGAACCACGUCCCAGACGCGUUUUGAAUACAAUAAAAUAAAUCAAACUCUUGACUCGUU